AUGCUUCUAGACGAUGUUACAUUCGAGUAUGCCGAGCACUUUAGGCUUAGCUGCCAUUUUUAUUUUAUUACCGAUGUUAUAUUUUCAAUUAACUUUGCCCAAGAAGUCCCGCUUGCCGUUGAUCAAUGGGAAAAAAUUAUCCGAAUUCUCGCAUACCCACUCUGGGAAGCGAUUUUUGAAAAAUGCACGCAUCUUGAUUGGCCCGGGGCUUUUCGCCUUUUGACAGACAAUGGGCCAAAGACCGUGCUUUCUGCUGGUUAUGCCGAUGAGAUUCGCAGCCACCCUUUGCUGAACUUUGGGGCCGCUAUUGCGAAGGAAUUUCACGCCGAUAUCAAAGGCUUUGACACAUUCAAACAAGGAACUAGAGCAGACGAGAUUUUCCAGGAUGCCGUCAGGAUGCAGUUAACGCAUCACCUCGGAAAUGUUAUCGAACCUAUUUCCACCGAGGCUUCUAUCAUCCUUGAAAGAGAUUGGACAAAUAAUCAUGUGCUUGAGGAAAGACGACAAGCAAAAGAGGCAGCUAUCCGGGUCGGUAAAACGCCAGAGCGUUAUCUCGAUGCCAUGCAGUGGUUGGAAGAAUCUGCUAGGGGUCGCUAUUAUGACCCUGUUGUAGCACAAUUAUCAUUUUCCCACGCCGCUAUUCAUACGACAUCAGAUCUUCUCACACAAGUGCUCUUUAAUCUUUGUGGGCGCGAAGAACUUACUCAGAAACUGCGCGAUGAAAUUAUCACAGUGACGCAGGCGGAGGGAUUGAAGAAGACCACAUUAUUUAAACUAAAGCUGAUGGACAGUGUUUUGAAGGAGACUCAACGUCUGAAGCCGGUUGCAGUUGGUGAGAGCAUCCAGAAUUCUUUGUGUCCCGCCCCUCAGUCAUUUUAUGAAAUAUCUCAACAACUCUUCCUAACCACAAUGAGACGACUUGCGGAAGAAGAUAUCGAACUAUCUGAUAAAACGUUUAUACCAAAGGGCGAGCUUAUCGUUGUCGCAUGUGACAAAAUGUGGGAUCCAGACACCUAUCCCAACCCAAGCACAUUCGACCCGUACCGAUUCGUAAAGUUUCGUGAGAAGCCUGGCCAUGAGAUGUCCGCUCAGCUAGUGUCAACCUCUCCGGAACACUUGGGAUUCGGAUUUGGGAAACAUACCUGUCCGGGCCGGUUCUUCGCAGCGACACUCGCUAGCACUCAAGAUUGCUCUUUGUCCUCGUUCGUCUUUAUGUUCUAUUGA